CUCAAUCUCAAUCUCAAUCUCAAUCUCAAUCUCUUCCAAUUUCAUUUCAUUUCAUUUGUUCAUACAGAUCCCUCUCCCCAAAUCCGCCAUAUGUACCAAUCAACUUCCUCCUCUUCUUCCUCUCACAAUUCCAUGCCCUCCUCCCACGCCGGCGCAGGGGGCGGCGCCUCCGGUGGUGGAGGCCUCACUCGCUAUGGUUCUGCACCUGGCUCUUUGCUGAAUUCGGCCGUCGAUUCUGUGAUCGGGAAGCGCCAUCCAGACUCCGAUGCGUUUCUCCGUACGCCGCCGUCGUUCGGUGGUCACUCCUUCUCCUCCGCUGAGUCCUCCGUUGUGGAGUCCUCUCGGAAGGUUGUUCAAUCGUCGUCUACUUCCAACGAUCUGAAAUCGUCGGCGGCAGCUGCCUUGCAACGGCCGUACGGACUCCACGAUUUGGCGCUUGAGGAUUUCUCUACGGCGAGAGAUUUUAAUGGCAAUGGUGGCCAAUCGUCUUCCUCUUCGCCGUUGGUUCGCCAGAGAAGCUCGCCGGCUGGAUUUCUCGGCCAUCUCUCCGUCGCUGAAGGAACCGGAGGGUUUUCAUUGACAAGGGGAGGGGGAGGAGGAAUUGGAAGGUUGAAGUCACAGCUGAGCUUCAGUGGUGGGCAGGAUUCGGUGUCUCAAAUGUCUUCCAUGAGUGAGAGUGUCGUGGAGGGUAGCAGCUCCUAUUCCUUUGCCCCCACAGCCUUUGCCAUGGACUCUUGGGACACCUCCAACUCCAUUGCCUUCGCUGCCCCUCAUCAUCCCAAAAGAUCCAAGCUUCUGCACUCUGAUGGAGACUUUUUCACCGGCCUCGACUCUCAGUUUAGUCUGUCGCAAACAAGUUUUGAAAUUGCAACCGUAGAGAGGUUGCUUCAAAUCCCAGAAGACUCCGUGCCUUGUAAGAUCCGAGCCAAACGUGGCUGUGCCACUCAUCCUCGCAGCAUCGCCGAAAGGGAGAGGAGAACUAGAAUCAGUGGAAAAUUGAAGAAACUUCAAGAACUUGUUCCGAACAUGGAUAAGCAAACGAGCUAUUCAGACAUGUUGGACUUAGCAGUGCAGCACAUCAAAGGCCUUCAAAAUCAAAUUCAGAAGCUUAACAAAGAAGUUAAGAAUUGCACGUGUGGAAGCAAAGAAUGCUCAUAACAUUUGGAAUUGUAAGAAAAAGCAAAAACAAUAGUUUUUUUUUUUU